AUGACUAUAUAUUAAAAAUAUAAAUAAUAAUUAAAGAUAGAAAGAAUGUCAGACGCUCCAAGAGUAAUGAAAAAUAACAUAAUAGAAAUUAUUUUUUCGUAAUACGUCUAAUCAGCCGUAACAAUAGUCGUUAGCAAAAUAAGGAAAUGAAUAACCAAAUCAAGAAGGAAAUGUGAUGCCUACAAUAUAAACAAAAGAGUUAAAUUAGUUAGGAUUGGAUGCAAUAUAACCAGGAGAGUUGGGUAUGUAAUAAAUAAAUGUAUUAUGUUUGAAUGGUGUAUAAUAAUUUUAAGGAAUGUUAGUGGCAACAAAUUAUAAAGUAAGAUAGUUAAUUUGAUAAGAGAUUGUAUUUUUACCUUAAAGGUUUCUUAAAGAGUAUAAAAAGGAUUACUUUGAAGUGCCUUAUACUUUUUUGAUAAAAGUAGAGAGAACAAUAGAUAAGAAGUAAAAUGAUUCAAAUUAAAUUGAGAUAUCAUCGAAAGAUGGUAGAUAAUUUAAAUAUAGAUUUUAGAGAGAAUAAAGUGAAGAUUGUAGUUGUUUGUUUAAUGUUAUAAAUAAGAAUGCUUUUACUUUAUAGAAGACAACUUUGUUUGCAUUUACAUAUUAUAGAGAGAUGUAAAGUUUAGAAAAUGAUUAUCAAGGAUGGAAGAUAUAUAAUAUGGAGAGAGAUUUUGAAAGAAUGGGUAUAAUAAUAUAAUAAGAGAAUUAAUAAUAAUAAUUAAUUGGAUUAUUUAAAUAUUUAAAUAAUGAAGGUGGAUAGAUAUGUGCAACUUAUUAUAAUAGAUUGGUAGUACCUGCAAAAGUAGAUAUGGAUUGUAUAUAGAAGACAGCAAAAUUUAGAUCUAAAGAGAGAAUUCCAAUUUUAUCUUAUGCAUUUAAAGUAGAUGGAAAGAUAGUAUCAUUAUGGAGAAGUGGAUAAUGUAGAGUAGGAAUAGGAUAAAUUAGAUCAUUAGAAGAUGAAUUAUAUUUAAAAUAAAUGAGUCAAUAAUUAAUUGAUGAAAUUGAUAAUAAAUAGGAAGAGAUUAAAUUAAGAAUUUAUGAUGCUCGUUCUGAUGUUAGUUCUAUAGGAUAAUAAGUUAAUGGUAAAGGAUUUGAAAAUCCAAUAUAUUAUAAAAAUUGUAGUGUAGAUUUUCUAGAGAUCGGAAGUAUUCACAAAAUUAGAGAAGUUUAAUUAAAAUUAUUAAAAAAUUCAUAUAGGUAUUAAUGUGUAAUUAAGGAAUAGUGAGAAUAUCUCAUUUAUAUCAUAAUUGGAAAUAUCAUAAUGGUAUGAUCAAAUAGUUUCAUUAAUAUAAGGAUCUGUUAGAAUUGCUAUGACAUUAACUAAAGAAAAAUUAAAUGUAUUAGUUCAUUGUUUAGAUGGAUCGGAUAAAACACCUUAAUUAAUAUCUUUAGUUUAAAUUAUGAUAGAUGGAUAUUAUAGAACUAUAGAUGGAUUUAUGAUCCUUAUUUAAAAAGAGUGGAUUAAUAAUGGACAUUAAUUUUGUUAGAGAUCUGCUAUUGGUAAUAAAUAACACAAUGAUGAUUGUCGAUCACCAAUAUUCCUACAAUUUCUAGAUUGUGUCUAUCAAAUGAUAUAACUUUAUCCAUUAUCUUUUGAAUUUAAUGUCAAAUUAUUAUUAGAUUUAGCAUACCAUCAUUUAUCAUCUCUUUUUGGAAGCUUUCUAUGUGAUUCAUUUCUGGUAUUCAUAUUACUUAUUCUCUUUUUAGGAAAUAUAAAAAUAAAAAGUUAUGGAAUCUACUGUCUCCAUUUGGUCUUGGAUGCUUAAAUAAAAAGAUAAAUAUAAAAAUGCAUUUUAUUUAAAUCCUUCUUCCAUUGAAUUUGAAGUAAUUAUCCCAGAAUCAUUCACAGGAAAAUCUAUCAAAUUUUGGCAAGAAUAUUUUCUUAAUUAUUCUACUGAAUUUAAUGAUGUCUACUGUAUACAUUCUUCUUCUACAUUCACUAAGUAAUAAAUUAUUCCUUAUCUUUUUAGGGAUAACCUGUAAGAAAUGUAUAAAUCAUUAGCCAAAGAAAAUUAAGUCUUGAGAUUAGCUUAAAUCGAUCAUGAAAAAUUGGCCCAUCUUAAUCAAUAAAAGUUUAAUCAACUUAUACAAAUCAUUUAAGAAACUAAAAAUGAAAAAAUCAUUGAAAAACUUGAAUCCAUUUAACUUACAUGA